UUCAAGCCUCCGGGGCUGCUGCGCUCGUGUUUAGUUCCCCUCUCAUAGUCAAAGGAAGGAUUGAUUCCUUUGGGAAGAGACACAAAUCACUUCAAUUUGAUCGAGAGGGCUAAGGAUACAGCCUCCUCUUGAUUUAGCCACUUUUGACUUUCUUGUUUUGUCCUGACAAAGAAAAAAAGAAGAAGACAAGAGGAGAAAAGUUGUUAGGUCACGGUGACAUUUGAUAUGAGGUCUGCUUGAUCGCACCAGCUGCUUCCAGGAAACAUUAUCAGCAGCACAGAAAAGACGUCUUGCUUUUUGUUUCCACUUUGCGUCUUGGUGACACAGGGAUCUGUCCUGGUUUCCAAACUCCUUCCCAUCUCUCUCUCUUUCUCUCAAGCGCGCGCGCUCUCUCUCACCCUCUCUCUUUUACGCACGGGAGGUGGGCACCUGAGAACACUACCAACGGGAAACGAGUGCGAGAGAUCCCGGUUUCAUGUUUGGGAUUCAGGAGAGCAUCCAAAGGAGUGGGAGUAUUUUGAAAGAGGAGCCCAUCGGAGCCGGCAUGAACGCAGUCCGAACAUGGAUGCAAGGCGCCGGGGUGCUGGAUGCGAACACGGCCGCGCAGAGUGGAGUGGGACUGGCCCGGGCGCACUUCGAGAAACAGCCGCCCUCAAAUCUUCGCAAAUCCAACUUCUUCCACUUCGUUUUAGCCCUUUAUGACCGACAAGGACAGCCGGUGGAAAUUGAGAGGACCUCUUUUGUCGGAUUUGUGGAAAAAGAGAAGGAGACUACAGGAGAAAAGACAAACAAUGGGAUACAUUACAGACUGCAACUUCUCUACAGCAACGGCAUCAGAACAGAGCAGGAUUUUUAUGUAAGACUAAUUGACUCCAUGACUAAACAGGCCAUCAUAUAUGAAGGUCAGGACAAGAAUCCGGAGAUGUGCCGUGUGCUCCUGACUCAUGAAAUCAUGUGCAGUCGUUGUUGUGACAAAAAGAGUUGCGGGAACCGCAACGAGACACCCUCGGAUCCCGUCAUCAUCGACAGAUUUUUUCUCAAGUUUUUCCUGAAAUGCAAUCAGAACUGCCUGAAGAAUGCAGGAAAUCCACGGGACAUGCGGCGCUUUCAGGUGGUUGUGUCGACGACAGUGAGUGUAGAAGGACAUGUUCUGGCUGUUUCGGACAACAUGUUCGUGCACAACAACUCCAAACAUGGCAGAAGAGCUCGGCGACUGGACCCGUCGGAGGGAACACCAUCAUAUCUGGAGCACGCUGCACCUUGUAUCAAAGCCAUUAGUCCCAGUGAAGGCUGGACAACAGGAGGUGCUACUGUCAUCAUCAUCGGAGACAACUUCUUUGACGGGCUGCAGGUCAUCUUCGGCACCAUGCUAGUCUGGAGUGAGCUCAUCACGCCUCAUGCCAUCAGAGUUCAGACCCCUCCGCGUCACAUCCCCGGGGUGGUAGAGGUCACGCUCUCCUAUAAAUCCAAACAGUUUUGCAAAGGCACACCAGGAAGAUUCAUCUACACAGCUCUGAAUGAACCCACCAUAGACUACGGUUUUCAGCGGUUACAGAAGGUGAUACCUCGGCAUCCAGGAGACCCUGAACGCUUGCCAAAGGAAGUGAUUUUAAAGAGAGCAGCAGAUCUAGUGGAAGCACUUUAUGGAAUGCCUCAUAACAACCAGGAAAUCAUUCUUAAGCGAGCAGCAGACAUUGCUGAAGCCCUGUACAAUGUGCCACGAAACCACAACCAGCUCACCGGCCUCACCAACAGCUCUGUCCAUGCAAGCAUGAUGGGAGUGAACUCCUUCACUGGACAGCUCGCCGUUAACGUCUCUGAGUCGUCUCAGGGUGGAAACCAGGGUUUCAGUCGUAACACGAGUAGCGUAUCACCACACGGAUAUGUGCCCAGUUCCACCCCUCAGCAGAGCAGUUACAGUACAGUAUCCACCAGCAUGAACGGCUACGGCAACAGCGGCAUGACCAACCUGACCGGCUCUCCGAGCUUCCUGAACGGCUCUGCUGCAAACUCGCCCUACGCAAUCGUCCCCUCCAGCCCCACCAUGGCCUCCUCCACCAGCCUGCCCUCAAACUGCAGCAGCUCCUCUGGAAUCUUCUCCUUCUCUCCGGCAAACAUGGUUUCAGCUGUGAAACAGAAGAGCGCGUUCGCUCCUGUCGUUCGGCCCCAGUCUUCACCUCCACCUACAUGCACUGGCACCAAUGGGAAUGGUCUCCAAGAUCAGUCUUUUGUCGACUCUAACAAGUACUCCACAGCCAGCGUGCUCCAGGGCCUGGCCUUCUCCUGAAUUAUCCCUGGAAUGAUUGUUCCUCCAAUGUAGGGUGUGUGUGCGUGUGUGUGUGUGUGUGUGUGUGCAGAUGGAAAGAUGAAACAUGUUCUUUCAUGCCACUGGUCUCACUGAGCGUGUGCAGAAUACUCCGGCGCUGGACUGACCUCCUGGUCUUGUUCUGAAGGAUGAAAAACUACAAACUCAGGCCCUUUUUAAACACAAUCUGCUUUGAAACAAAAAGAUAUAGAGGAAGAACGAUACGAGAAAAAUAUCGAACUGACUGUUGUACCUCCCUGUUUUGAUGUUGAGAUUUGUACUCACCUUCUAGACACUUUUUAAGAUAAGGGGCGACCCGCCCCGUCUACACUAUAACAUGAGAGGUCUAUUUAUUUUAAAAAACAGUAGUCAUUGAUUUGCCAUCAUAUUUGUGUGUUUCUGUGUGUACCACCCUUUUAUGAAAUGAUACCUGACACAAUAUUGCAGUGGUUUCUAUUUAUGAUUUUAGAUGAAGGAUUGCAGGUGAUUUUUGCUCAAGGAAUGUCCCACUGAAUUUGUGAAAAUGCAUUUGAAAGUCAAUCAGUCUACAAAAUGCCAGCAAUGUAAACUCAAUGUAAACAGCCAUGUAAAAAAUUAAUUCAUGCCUUUUUUUAUGGUUAAAAACCAAUUCAGAGCUGAGAGACUCAGUUCCUUUGCAUUGUCACUGCCUUGAUUUUCACGUUCAUAUUCCAUUUGUUGAUAUUAUGCUGCCUUCAAGUCCUUCUGGGAAGUUUUAAUUCAGAAAAACAUUUUGAGAGUCGUUGGUUGGGGAAAAUGGGCAUGUUUGGCCCUUUUUAUACUUAAUGUUAAGCUUUUUAGCACCACUGCAACAAAAUUAAAGGGAUUGUUUUCUCAUCAUUUACUCACUCACAAGUUGUUCCAAAUCUGUUUGGCUACCCACAUUCUUUAAAAUAUCUUUUUUGUUCAAUUCAUACAAGUUUGGAACAACUUUUGGAACAAAUUUUCAUUUUUGGAUGAACUAUCACUUUAAAGGCAAAGGAUGCAUGCAAAGUGUGUACCUGAUGCUUUAAGUAUUUUUUUAUUUAUUUUAUAGUUAUUCCUUCAAAGAUUGAUAGCUUUCUCACAUAAAAGUAGUGUUUUUGGUUUAGCUUUA